CGGUGACAGCUGGGUAAAAAACAGCCGACAUAGAGGAAGGAGAAGAAGAAGAAGAAGAAAAAAAAAAAAAAAACACACACACACCAACCCUAGUCUCUGCAAAACGCCAGCACACAGACCAGACACACUGCUGCACACUCCCCACGGCGGAACUGACAGCGACAUAAAACACCGAAAAGAAAAAGCAGACAGGUAUGGCAGAGUUGGCGGGUCUUGUGCAGCGGCUGGAAGUGGCAGUGGGCCGUCUGGAGGCCAUGUCCUCUGGAGGCGGCGCUGGAGAUUCAGCUGGAGGAGCUGUCUCUGCGUACGUCGAGGCCUUUGAUGUGAUCGUCAGCGGCCCCUUGGCUCAGUACCUCUCCCUCAGCAAGCAGAUAGGGGGCGACGUCCAGAAACAUGCAGAAAUGAUGCAGCAGGGGUUCUCCAGCCAGAGAAAGCUCCUCAUUACAGCCUCCUCCUCCCAGAAGCCCUCUGAUGCGGUUUUGACGACUCUCCUGCAGCCGGUGUCCAAAGCCAUCCAGCAGGUGCAGGCGUUCCGCGAGCAGAACCGCACCUCGCCGCUCUUCAACCACCUCUCCGCCGUCAGCGAGAGCGUGCCCGGCCUGGGAUGGGUCGCCAUGGCUCCUAAACCGUGCCCCUACGUUAAAGAGAUGCAGGACGCUGCCAUGUUCUACACCAACCGCGUGCUCAAGGAGUACAAGGAUAAGGACAAGAUGCACGUGGACUGGGUGAAGGCCUACCUCUCCAUCUGGACCGAGCUGCAGAACUACAUCAAACAGCACCACACCACUGGACUGACCUGGAGCAAGAGUGGUCCCAUAGCUUCAGCCUCUGCUGCCCCACCCAGCGCCCCCGCUGGUGGAAGUGCUCCCCCACCUCCUCCUGGACCUCCUCCUCCCCCCAUGGACCUGAGCGCAUCCGCUGGCGGCGGCGGUGGCGGCGACGCCGGUCCCGACACCCGGAACGCCCUGUUCGCCUCCAUCAACAAGGGAGCCGACAUCACCAAGGCCCUGAAGCAUGUGAGCGACGACCAGAAGACCCACAAAAACCCCGGCCUGAGGAGCCAGGGUGCCGCCCCGGUGCGUACGGGACCAAAACCCUUCGCCUCCCCGGCCGCCCGACCUGCCGCAACAGCCACCCCGACCCGCACCCUCCCCCCCGUGCUGGAGCUGGAAGGAAAGAAGUGGAAAGUGGAGAACCAGGAGGGGGUACAGGACCUGGUGAUCAGCGACACCGAGCUGAAGCAAGUGGUCUACGCUUACAAGUGUAACAAGAGCACCCUGCAGGUCAAGGGGAAGCUCAACUCCAUCACUAUAGACAACUGUAAGAAAAUGGGCCUGGUGUUUGACGACGUCGUCGGCAUCGUAGAGGUCAUCAACUGCAGGGAUGUCAAGAUCCAGGUGAUUGGCAAGGUCCCGACCAUCUCCAUCAACAAGACAGACGGUUGCCACGUUUACCUGAGCAAGGACUCUCUGAGCUGCGAGAUCAUCAGCGCCAAGAGCUCCGAGAUGAACAUCCUGGUACCCAACAAAGAUGGAGAGUUUACUGAGCUCCCAGUUCCCGAGCAGUUUAAAACCGUCUGGGACGGCCACAAGCUCGUUACCACAGCAACAGAGAUCGCCGGCUAGACGUGAGGGGGCAUCAUACUGAAACAACCACCCCCUCCUCGACUCCAUCCCCAUCACCUUUUCUUUUUUUUUUUUUUUUUGCCUACCUGACUGAUCGACCCCCCCAACCCCCCACCAGUUAACACUCUCACUGUAUAUUGAGAUAUUCGGACCUUACGAGUCCUUUUAUCUACUUCGCUUCCUCCUCCUCCUCCUCAGCCAAUCACAACUACAGCUGCUCCUUCCAUAAGCCAAUGAGAGGACUGCUCGCUUUUAUCUGGAGCAAAUCCUCCAGCCAAUCAGCCAGAAGCAGCUUGUCAUUCAAAUUGUGCUUUUCCUCUCUGAGCCAGUGAGAAAAAAACAAACAAAAAAAAAACACGAGUUUUGCCAACAGCUGGGACGCUCUGUAUCAUAUAUAUAUAUUUUUUAAUCUAUCUGGAUAAUGCUGAGCUAAAAUUAGCACGUAGAACAGCCAACGCUGAUGAUACUGAUUCACUGCAACCAAUCAGGCUCUUCUAUCAUGACGCUUCUUUCCUUUCAUUCUCUUCCUGGUCGGGAGGGGCUGGUGUUUUUGUUUUGUUUUUUUUUUUGAGUUUUUGAGUUGUGGCCUGAACGGUUUCUGUUCCAUUAUAUGCAAUUCAAUGGUGAAGCACUUGUCAAACAAAAGCCCGAUUUACAUAGGAUAACAACAUCCAUAUCACCUCCACUGAAGUUGACAACAUUAACACUUGUAGUGGAUGAUAAUGAUAAUAAUAAUGAUAAUAAUAAUAAUAAUCUUAAUGUCGGCACUCAGAGCACAUAAAUAGACGUAAACACAUGUUGUUUGUGCAGGACCACUGUCUAUUUCAGAUCAUAACUCAAUCUAGACGGUUAAAAUUCCACGUUUUUUUCCUUGAACCCACACAUACGACAUUCCCAGGAGUUAAAAAGAUAAAUAAAUAAAUGAAUAAGAACAUUCCACGUAAGGAGGCAUGUAAGAAAAAGUUUGCGACAAAGAGCUUUGCACAAAGUGGACGAGACGGAAACGGAGACUGCAGGAUUUUCCACGUUUCACCUUCACCUCGGUCUCUAGAUUGGAAAAACAUCUGCUGUACUCAUCUGUAUAAAUAACAAUGAUUAUUAAAUAGUCUUUGAACAUUAGCUUCUGUCCACUCGCCCUCAGCCACGUCUGCGCUCUUUAGGUUCCCUUCAGCUCCCGUAGCUGACAAGCUCUUCGCUGAAUCUUCUUUUUAUAUCGUCUCUUUUUUGUUUUGUUUUACCUCUUUUUAUUUUGUUGGGUCCAAAAUUCAGAAGUCUGCUCAUUAGUACUGGAGACAUCAUUAAAAAAAAAAAGAAAUGUUGCAAUAAA